UUCAUGUCCCGUCAAAGGCUCCAUCCGUUCWUCCUGUCAUCCAUUAACUGGUCAAUGUGAGUGUAGACCAAACGUCAUUGGUAAACAAUGUGAUCAGUGUAUACAGAACUACUUCAACGUCACCAGUGGAAGUGGCUGCUACCCUUGUAACUGUAACUCAGUUUUUUCUACGAGUUUGCAGUGCAAUGAUAACGGUGCCUGCCCUUGUAAGGCUGGUGUUGGUGGUACCAAGUGUGAUAUAGGUCAGUAACAACGAACACUUUAUUUUCUCWGGGUUGACAUUAUGAUCAGUUGUGUGUCAAAUAUACAUGUGUCAUGUAAUGCGUGACACGGGUGAAAAAAGCACCUUGCAUAUGCAUGCAUGCUCGGAAGUUUGGCGGGAAAUUCGUAGACGCGUUUUGGAUUUGGAAAUUUACCAGCAUUCAUUCUGUGUAACAGAAUCCGUCCGCCGUUAAGGGAGUUCGGCCUUUUCCGAUUGUUAUUUUAUUGUUGUUUUUUUUCUUAUUAUUAUUUCUAUCAUCGAGGAAAUUAUAUUUUUCGAUUUACCGGGUUUUUUUGUGUGAGCAGUUGGACCCGGAAAUACGCGGCGUCACAACUGAAAUUUGUAAUUGAUUCGUUCGUGUGUAAUACAUUAAUUGCGCCAAGUUAAAAUUCGAGCCUUCCACCCAGACACCGAUUCGACUAUCUUCAGGUUCUCUGCGAUCCGUUGUCAGGAAGACUUCACCGGCUUCUCCUGUUUUCCUCCCUCCGCAAAAAAAAAAAAAAAAAAAGCAACAACAUUUGAGUUGAGCAUUGUGUGCUUAUGGAAUGUUAAAUGUUCGCCUCGUAACGCAUAUUAUUGUUAUUAUAGGAUAGUACGCACGCGCGGAUUGGUCGAAAACUGUGUAUUAAUUAACGGAGCACAGUGAUGGCGCGCCAUCCUCGCGCUCAAAGUGCUGCUAGAUCCUGCGACCGUUUUUCGUUUUUCGUAAAUAAGUUACAUCAAGAGAAUAUGAAGUAAUAUAAUACUUGAUAUUUUCUUGGUUACGUGUAAAUACCGAAAUAGAACUAGUGACUAUAUGAUAAAACCAAUAAAACAGCUUUUUUUCGUGCUCCGUUCACUAAUAAGAGCACUAUGAAGAAAAAGCUGGGKUUUUUUUUUUUGUUAAAUCGGCACUAUAGACACGUAAAACUUUCUUGGCGAGAUCUAUAGAAAGUUUCACGAAAUGAAUGGAUGAAUGAAUGGAUGGAUGGAUGAAUGAGUAAAUGAGUGAACGAAUGAUUGAUUCUGAUGCAUCCAUCCAUCCAUUACAUGACUGCUUUCUUCUCCUGUAUGUGCACCUGUGACGUGUGCAUGAGGCACAAGUUUCGCCCAAAGAGUAAAAGCUUGUCAAACCGUUGGAUACAGGUUUGCAUCAGCAAUGAUAAUUACAUCAUCCCAAACUUAUAUUGAAAUGAUUGUAUACAUAUAACUGUAUAUCUUUUCAUUUUAUGUUUGUUUACUCGACAGAGAAGGUGAUGUAGUCCUUGCGUCGAAGACUGUGCACUGUAUACACAUUCUAUAUUUUGCUUGAUUGCUUUUUGCUUUUUGCUGCUCUUUUUCAUUCUAUAUUUAUUUGUAGAUUUAGGUGUAUUGCACCGUAAAAAGACACCAAGAUGACUCGUUCAGUCCUCUCCUAAACGCAUCGUCGGCUCAAAAUAAACCGUUAACAGAACCGUGCAACUGUGGCCAGAAAAGACUAGACGGGAUUUGUAUUGUUUCAUGUUCUCGCUUUCUUUCUUUACGUGCAAAUACCAGUUUCAAUUGUUUAUACUUUUAUCGUUUUAUAUCUUUAGAAAAUGGAUGUCUUCUUCGCUAUGGAAUUUACGGAAGCGCUGGACGGAGCAUUCAAGCCUUCAGAGACAGAUCUCUGACUAUUUUACUUGCCGGCGUGUAUUGAAUGUAUUCACUAUGUAUAUAUUUAUUGUUGGAUUUAAUUUAAUUUAAAUGUGAUGGAAAAAAAGAAGAAAAAAAUGAAAGUAAUUUUUUAUAAACUGACAUAUGAUACAUGUUAUUAAUAAAUGUUCAAACAAAGAAUGACAUAUCAAUCUUUUCCAACAAUUAUUUCCUCAUCACUUCCAGUUAUGGUAGUGGUUGAUCUCGAAUCCACUCCAAAUCCACAAGCAAUGACUCCAUAAGAAAUAUGAGAAAAUAAAUUCUUUAUCAAUCACCAAUUCCUAAACCACUCCAAACCCCGCUCUAGUGUCUUUACAAAAUGAUAGCGCUUCUUGCUUUUGUUUAAGAAAAGUCUUUUGGUGUGAAAAAAUAGUCGCAAAUUUUGCUGUUUUUAGCUUGUGACGAAGCCGUUUUGGUCACCUGCGCUGCAUGAAGAGCCGGUCCAGUGACAGCGGUAUACUUAUCAGUCAACACAAAACAUGGCGGCUGGAGUUAGUAUUCUUCAAUAUGCGUUACUUUUUAUAGCAAUUUUCUUUAUUUUACAGCCGUGCCAGGCUCGCUUAUACUCCGUACACGACGAUAUAAUCCUCUUAGAUAAUAGUACAAUUCAUAGUGUCAUUUAUGAUAGCCCUGUAGCGUGGAUAGUUGAGUUUUAUUCGAGUUGGUGCGGCCAUUGCCAAGCUUUUGCUCCGACAUGGAAAAAACUCGCACAAGUAGCCCGAGAUUGGCAAUCUGUAAUACAAGUAGCAGCCUUGGAUUGUGCCGAGGAGAGAAACAUGCAAACAUGUCGUGACUUUCAUAUAGAUGAAUAUCCUACUAUUAAGUUUUUCAAUGCAUCAGAAAAGGAUAGGAAAAAUUUAGGAAAAAAUUUCAAAGAAUAUACUAAAGAAGACAAAACAUUCCUCAACCUUCUACACACAAUGGUGAAUGUGGUAGAGUCACAGACGCAAUUAGCACAUCCAGCGCCAAACUUUGCACCAUGCACGGAUGAAUAUGUACGUGAAUUUGAAGCUGGCAGAUCAAAGUAUCAAACAUUAGUACUUAUCUUUGAAGAGCCAUAUUCAUAUAUUGGUAAAGAGAUUGCGCUGGAUAUGAUGAAGUUUCCAGAAGUAGAUGUGAGAAGAUUCAUAAAUAAAAAGUCCCCAUUACUAGAAAAAUACAGAGUUAACAUGAAAAGAUUACCACUUCUCAUUAAAUUUGAAAGAGAUGGACGCUUUCGGGAACUUUCAAGGAUGAAAAGAAACCAUGCAGAAUUUAAGAAAGCACUACACAGUUAUGACUUCAAGGUCAAGAGCUUCCCUCCCAUUGAAGCUGUGGAAAAGGCAAUGGAUCACUUCUCUGAUUUGCACCAUCAAAGAUUAGGAAAUGAAAAACAUACUGGAAGCAGCUCUGAGGUGUACAUGCUAGACAUGGUCAGCAGCCUGUCGUUCAUGAUCUGGAAUGAAGUGCCUAACAAACCUAUUAUCAAAAACAAAGCUUACUUGGCACUGAAGAACUUCGCAGGUCUAGUAGCAGAGUGUUUUCCAGGCAAAUCAAGCGUACGCAUGUUCUUCAGUAAGCUUCACACACGUCUCUCAGCCAGAUUGUUUGGCAACAAAAUGACUUCAGAUUACUUCUUGGGCCUUGUCAACAGAAUACAACAGCCCGGCCAUGCCUACCUGACCAAAAAGCACCGAUGGCAUGCCUGCCAAGGUAGUAAGGCCCAAUACCGUGGCUACCCUUGCUCAUUGUGGACCCUCUUCCACACACUGACUGUCAACUGCGGCUCUAAGAGGAAAGCCAAUGGCGAAGAGGACGAUGGACUUAAAACGCUUAGUUACAUCCGAGACUACAUCAAGAACUUCUUUGGUUGUACCUCAUGUGUAAAACAUUUCACUGACAUGGCAAAGAAUAUUGAAAAUGAGGUUACUACCCAUGACGAUGCAAUACUAUGGUUAUGGGAAGGGCAUAACAAGGCUAAUAAACGUCUCCAUAAUAAACCCAGCGAAGACCCUGCUCACCCCAAGAUCCAGUUUCCAUCGCCAGAGAUGUGCAAGGACUGCCAUAAAAAAGAUGGCUCAUGGAAUCGCAAAGUCGUCCUUCAAUUCCUCAAGAAUCACUACGGUGUGGACAACAUUAGAAUCAAACCUCCUGCCAAUGUUCCCGCUGAAUUGGAGGACGUAGAUCAAGAAUUUGCYGACUACUUUACACAUGAAACAAACGACAACCCUGAUCAAAAUGACGACAGCCCCCAAGCCGCAUAUCGCAAAUCAGAUCCAUUUAUGGAAACAAUAUGAUUCCCUGGCCAUGACAACUAACCAGCGCUACUUAUUUGUUACAAAACACUGUGACAACAUGACAGACCUGCGCUAUUUAUCCAUUAUGGUAUCACUAUGACAACACAAAGACGAUAUAACAGCAGUACUAUCACUAUGACAACAGACCUGCGCUAUUUAUCUUUGUGGGAUCACUACAGCAACGCAAUAAAAUAUUAGUGCCAMUAUCACCAUGACAACAUGUUAGGCUGGUGCUACCUUAAUUAUCUUUACAUGGAAUUACCAUAGCAAUGCUAUCUCCAUGACAACRUAUUCUAACAAAAUGACUUGGGAUUCCAGUUUAUUGCCAUAGCAAUGCUCAGYUGAUAAAUGCAACAUGAGACGCCAAUGAUAUGUGUACAUAUGCAUGCAAUUAAUGUCAAUAUUGACACGUCAAUACAA